AUGGCUGGGCCUCCCGAUCUCAAUGCAAUCCUUGCGGCUCUUGCUGCCGGUGGAGGACGUGGGCCCUCUACCACGCCCUCGCAGGCGCCGCAACAGCCGCCGCCAGCGCAACAUGCACCCCCUCCGGGCAUGCCUCCCGGCUUCCCAGGCGGCAUGUCGGCUGCCUCCCCAUCUGGUAUUCAUGGCUACAACUUCCCUCAGCCCACCCAUUCUGGUAGCCUCGAUCUCAGCGCCAUCAAACCUGUGAGCACUGGCUCCGUCAGCAUACAGGACGCGCUGGCCAAGGCGCGUGGUUUUGCAGCUCAAAAGGGUCUUGCCUAUGAGGCGCGCCCAGGUAUUCCCGAGCCUUGGUCUGGUUAUGGCGCGCCUGCGCAAACUUACACAGUCCCAGCUCAUUCAGAAGACCCGCGACUCAGCGGCCGUUCUUACCGUCGAUCGCGCUCGCGUUCGCGCUCUCCGCAGCGUCGUGAGCCUGUGCGUGAAAGCUACAACCCCUACCGUGACGAGCGCCGUGAUGAGCGCCGGGGCGGAGGCUAUGGUCGUGAUCGUUCUCGCUCCCCUCCUAGACGUGAGACUUUUUCUCCAUCGCAGGCACAGUACGGCGGUCAAUCGCGCUCCCCCCCUCCCAAUGAUAACUCUGAGGUGAUUCUCAUUGAUUCGUCGCUAGUUGGUCUUGUGAUUGGACGCCAAGGUGAGAGUCUCCGUCGCAUUGAACAAGAAUCACAGACUAGGAUCCAGUUUAUCAAUGGGCCUGAGUCUGGUCCUCAACGCCAAUGUCGUAUCACCGGUAGUCCCAGUGCUCGUAUUAGUGCUAAGCGCGAGAUCAACCGUAUUAUUGAAGAGAAUGGUGGCAACCCGGCUCGUGAGACGGGUCGCAAUGCACGAGCGCCUGCAAAGGCAGUCGUCGGCCAGCAGCAGCCCGCUCUCCGCGAAGGUGAACAGUCUUCUCAAAUCAUGGUGCCUGAUCGUACUGUUGGCCUGAUCAUCGGCCGUGGCGGCGAAACUAUUCGUGACUUGCAAGAACGAAGUGGUUGCCAUGUCAACAUUGUCGGUGAAAACAAGAGUGUGAACGGCCUGCGCCCUGUGAACCUCAUUGGAAGCCCUGCUGCUGCCGCCCAUGCCAAGGAGCUGAUUAUGGAGAUUGUCGACAGUGACACAAAGCAAAUGGAUGCGAACAACCAGCAACAGUCACAGCAGCAGGCACCUCAAAACGCAAGACGUGAUAAUUUUGAUGCAUAUGGCGGAGCAGGUGCUGCCCCUGCUGGCAAGAUCAAUGAUAGUAUCUUGGUCCCUUCCGAUGCCGUUGGUAUGAUUAUCGGCAAAGGCGGUGAAACUAUCAAGACUAUGCAAUCUGACACAGGCUGUAAGAUCAACGUGUCGCAAGCUUCGGGUGCCGACAUUGAACGAGAAAUUGGACUCGUCGGAACCCGCCAGGCCAUCGAAGACGCUAAACGCGCCAUCUGGGAGAAGGUUGACCAAGUAAAGGAGAAGAAUAACUCUCGUCGACGUGACAAUGGAAACCAGGAGAAUAACUACUCACACCAACAGCCAUCUUACACGAAUAGCGCGCCAGCAGCGCAGCCUCCGCCUGCCGCUGCUCCUGCUGCAGGCGCUGCAGAUCCAUAUGCCGUGUACGGUGGUUACCAGAACUACCUUGCCAUGUGGUAUGCGUCUAUUGCUCAGCAGCAACAGGGCGGUCAGGGACCACCGGGCGCUUAG